GAAAGCCGUGUUGUUGAGAGUGGGAUUCUCUCCUGGCGCGCUAGACCGACUUCCAGGUUCUUGCUUCAUCUCAGAAAGAAAAAAUGGAAGCCCUGCCUGAUGUUACUUCUUUUGGAACUAAACUUAAAAACACUCUCAUACAGUACCAUAGUACUGAAGAUGAUAAGUGGCGAGUUGCCAAGAAAACAAAAGAUGUAACAGUUUGGAGAAAACCCUCAGAAUUAUUUAAUGGCUAUCUCUACAAAGCUCAAGGUGUCAUAGAUGAUGUUUUCAGUAGCACCAUAGACCAUAUACGCCCAGGGCCUUGUCGUUUGGAUUGGGACAGCUUAAUGACUUCAUUGGAUAUUUUGGAGCACUUUGAAGAGAAUUGCUGUGUGAUGCGUUAUACUACUGCUGGUCAGCUUUGGAAUAUAAUUUCCCCAAGAGAGUUUGUUGACUUCUCCUAUACUGUGAGCUAUCAAGAAGGGCUUUUAUCCUGUGGGAUAAGUCUUGACUGGAGUGAAAAGAGACCAGAAUUUGUUAGAGGAUAUAACCAUCCCUGUGGCUGGUUUUGUGUUCCUCUCAAAGACAAUCCAAGCCAGAGUCUUUUGACCGGCUACAUUCAGACGGACCUGCGUGGGAUGAUUCCUCAGUCUGCGGUAGACACGGCCAUGGCAAGCACUUUAACCAACUUCUACGGCGACUUACGAAAAGCUUUACAGAAGACAUAGUAUCUUCAAACUGUUAGUACUGUGACCCUCUCGAUCAACUCUCUCUCUCCUGUGCAUAGCCUGUAAAAAUCAUCCAUUCUACUUUCCUGCAUAGCCUGUAGAAAAAUUUGAUAUGUUUUUGGUUUAGUAGCACAAUGUUUUAUUUUGUUCCUAUAGUAAAUAGCUAUCUAAGAGAGGGCAUUUCAGUUCUCUUGGACAGUAAUUUGCACAUUGUUUGGUAUGGCAGUGAGGACUAUGACAGAAAUCCACAAAGAAGUCGGCACAGUUCUUUGACCCAAACCCUUAAAAAGUUAAAUGUUAUCUCAGAAUGAAUAUUUUGGCUGCAUGGAGAUUAGCAAAAUCACAAGCUUUAUGCUGUUAGAUUAAAAUCACUAUUUUAGAGCCUUAUGAACAUUUUAUAAAAGUUUAAUUUUUUUGAACUUAAAUAGUAGCAUUUUGCUGUUGUCAUCCUCUGUGAGUUUGGCAAUAUCUUAAACAAAAGAAAAAGUGCUUCCGUCUCUACAGUGUCUACAGAGAAACUUCACUGUCAAUUGACUUGCACUCCUGUAAGUUUUGAAAAGACUAGAAAUGAGAAAAUAGAUUAUCUACAGUUUUAUUAAGUUAAUUAAAAAAGUCAAUCAGCAACUACGGGUACAAUUCAAAUAACAAUUUAGUUUUGAUAUCUAGGUAGUAUAUCUAGUGUAUUUUUUGUAUUUUUGAAAACACAUUUGUAGAUUUAUUUUGAGAGUCUUAACGUUUAUGCAUGACUAUGAUAGUAAAAAAUUCUGCCAAAUAUGCACUGGGAAUACCCAUUUAUUGAGCAGUACUCUGGGUUGUGUGACAUGGGUGGUGGUAUACUGUAAUCACCAACAGAGAGUCUUCUCUCUAAAAAGUCACACUGAAUGUUCUGUACAUAUCAAUUUUAUAAGUAUCAACUCACAAAGCAUUAUAAACUUCAUCAUAGAUAUUUGCGUUUGUGAUGUGACUUCAGUCUGAAACUAGAACAAAUGCAUUCUAACAUAUAUCCAAAUGCCUGUUAGCUAUCAUUUUAUAAUGACUAGAAUGGCUAUAGUAGGUCCCUUGAUUCUGUGGCUGCCCUAAGUGAACAUUUGUAAGUGAUUUUAACAUUCUAAAUGAUUCUUUGGCUUUUGAACUAUCAGCUAGUUUAUUUCUGAAAUGAGAACUUGAGGCAACUCAGUGUGUCCAGGCACGUCUUUGUAUGUUUAUAAAUACACAUACACAUCCUGAAAGCC